AUGUCGAAAAAUUUCUAUACUCGACUCGCAAGCAAGUACUUAAAAGCACUAGAGAGUGGCCAAAAUUUUGAUCUCCUUCUCUAUGCGGGAAACGGAGAGGGCAGAAAGGAAUUCAAAGCACAUACACAAAUACUGUGUAUUCAAUCAACGUUCUUUGAAACUACACUAUCUAACGAUCUGUUCAAGAAAAAGGAUGAUUAUUAUGUCCAUGAGGAACCCGAUGUUGAUGCGGACGUAUUCGAGGUUAUUCUGAGAUAUUUGUAUACUGGGGAAGUGGACAUAACAAAACAUGAUGGAGACAAGAUUUUAAAAAUUUUGAUUGCGUCAGACAGACUGGGAAUCGACGAUCUGCCCGAGCUUGCAAAAACAUAUCUUACCGAAGAAAGAGCAUCAUAUGUACGUGAACAUGCCGCCAAAGUACUUAAAACAAUUCAUAACCUUAGGUCAUUUGACGAGCUCAGGAAGCUUUGUCUUGAGGCGAUUACUACCGAUUUAUUCAAAUCUGACGGUUACUUGACAUUGGGAGAAGAUAUUCUAGUCCCGAUCCUAGAGCGAGACGAUUUUUAUAUAAAGGAAGUUGUACUGUGGAAACAUGUCUUGAAAUGGGUACUAGCCAAACAUCCAGGGCUGGAUAAUGAUCCAUCGAAAUGGACGGCAACUAAUGUCAAGCAAGUGAAAACAACGUUGGAUGCUCUAGUUGGAACCGUUCGGUUCUUUCUAAUGUCAUCAGAUGAAUAUUAUAAUGAAGUCAGACCAUAUAAAAAAAUACUGCCGAGAGGUGUGAAUGAACAGGUUAUGCUGUAUCUGUUGACUGGCAAAGGUUCAGAAAGUAUCAUGGCAAAGCCAAGAGUAAGAGCUUCUUCAGAGAUUAGCGGAUAA